AUGGAAACCAAUGGGUUAUCUCUCAAGACUCAGGAAAUCGGGUCAAAAAGGAAGUGGGAGACUACCACAGACCUCAGCCGCCGCUUUUGCAGUAAUCAACAUGAAAAUCCAUGGAAUGAUGGUUCGCUCACUACCUCGCUAGGGAGCCAUAAAGAUUUCCGCUUUUGCAACCAACGUGAAAGUCCAUGGGAAGGCGGUAGAACAGAGCAUCAGGACAAAAUGAAUGGGAUAAUCACUUGUUUGGUUUGUGGCAAGGAAGGACAUUACAGUUGUGACUACCCUUUCAAGGAUCAGGAGCACAAAGUCAUUUGCACACUCUGUAGCAAAAAUGGCCACUGGAGCAUAUCGUGUUGCCAGCAGAACAAGUCGGAGAAUCGCGCUUGCACCCGCUGUGGAGAGAUAGGGCAUAGUACUAGUACACAUGGUCUCCUCAGUUGCUCAAGCUGUGACGAAUAUCAUCCGCAUGGAGAGUGUCGAUUGAGCAAAGUUAAAUGCUUUAUUUGUGAAAGUCAGGAUCAUUAUCCUGCUCAGUGCCCCUUGAAUUGGGUAUUGAAUGCAGCGUUUCAGGAUCAAAGAGAGAACUUCCAAGCUGCUCUGUGGCUUGCACUAUCAAAACAAGUCAACACAUUAUCUAAACGGACCUGCCAUCAAGUCAGUCCAAUAGCCAGGGCAUACAACUUAAGGCCAAGGAUAUGCUUUACAUGCCGUGAAGAAGGUCAUGUUGCCUUUUACUGUCCUCAGAAAAGAAGAUCAAUAUUGCCCGACCUAUCCAAAGAAUUUGAAGAGAGCAGCACCAUAGCUAAAUCCUCCAACCUGUCCAAAGAAUUAGAAGAACGGGACCCUGGUACUGCUAGUGCUAAACAAUCAUCAAAAAUGAAAUCGGCAUCGGUUCUUCGAUGUGUUAGCUGUGGUCAGGAAGGGCACAGGGCCAGGAGCUGUCCAACACGAGUGUUUAUAUGCUCCUUAUGCAAUGAAGAAGGCCACCGGGCCAGGAGCUGUCCAACACGAGUGUUUAUAUGCUCCUUAUGCAAUGAAGAAGGCCACAAAGCCAAGAAAUGCCCUCAGAAGCUCCAGAAGCGUUAA